UCAGGUGAAUCAGUUCCAGAAAGUGAGAGAGCCAGUCAGGUGAAGAUCCAGGAUAAUCUUAGUGCUUCUAGCUCCACUCACAAUCUUCCAAACAUCGACAAGCCUGCUGCUGCUGCUGCUACUGCCUCAGCAGCUGUUGGAGCUACAGCUGCCGAGAAGCUUGUAUGGGAAGAGGAGAAAAUGAAACUCUAUGAGCAGCUAGAUGACAAGGAUGAUGAGAUAAACAAUCAAGCUCAGCUGAUUGAGAAAUUGAAGGAACAGAAUCAGGAGCAGGAAGAAGUAAUAAUGGGCAUCCGUCGUGAACGGGACAGUCUGCAAGUUGAUGUGCAACGCAUGCAAACUGAAAACGAAUCAUCCAAAGAUGAAGUGAAGGAAGUUCUUCAGGCCCUAGAAGAGUUGGCAGUCAAUUAUGACCAGAAGUCACAGGAAGUUGAAACAAGAAAUAAGGAGAAUGACUCGUUGAAUGAGGAACUUCAGAAACGAGUGUCGACUCUUCAGACUCUUGAAUCAGAGCUGCAUCAGUUGAAAGAGAGCAACAGCCAUCAACGCAAACGCGUCCUUGACAUGAUGAUGAAUCUCAUGAAGGAUCUUUCAGACAUUGGAUCUGCCAUCGGAAGCGAGUUCAAAGUCAGGCUUCUUUUAAUUUUGAUCUAA